AUGUCAGACGAUGGACAGCGAUUGGACCAAGAGGUGCCACCUACGGAGUUGGUGACCGGUGACAUCAUCUUCUUGGAGCCUGGUCAGCGGGUCCCUGCGGAUGUGCGCAUCAUCCAUUGCAGCACUGGCACGGAGGUCGACAAUGCGGCACUGACAGGUGAGACGAUACCUGAACCCCGCAGUGCCAAUGCAGAGCUGCCUGCAGUGCCGGCCACAGAGGCUCGCUGCCUGGCCUUCUUUGGCACCUCGGUGCUGAAGGGAACUGCAACCUGCGUCGUCUGUGCUACCGGUGAUGGCACCUUCUUAGGCCAAAUCGCAAACACCAUGAAGAAGGGCUCGCCCCGUUCUUCGCUGGAAGUGCAGAUGGAAAGUUUCGUGCACACCAUAGCAAAAGUUGCGGGUGGAGUCGCUGCAUGCGUUCUCCUGGCCAAUCUGGUGCCCCCUUUGAACACAGAGGCCGUCAAGGCCAGAGCCAGCCCGCCAUGGAGUCCCACUGCCCCCACUUCCAGCUCUUUGGCAGCCUUUGCCUGCACUUUGAACGUUUUGGCCGUGGGGAAGAAGGUGCUUCACCGAAGAAAUUGUUUGCGGUCUCUCCUUGUUCGACCCUGCAUGGCCAAGCUGCCGAAGCAAUCCGAGCCACUGGCUUUGUCCGAGUGUGAGCAUGACAAAUCCGAGCCACUUGUGCACCCCGUCUUCGUUUCAGAGAUGGUGCCACACCUGACGAGCAGCGGCCGCUUCGAGUUGGCACUCAUUCCGGACCCAGACUUUCCGGACUGCCAGCUUUCUGUCGUGGUCAGAUCUGGAGAGUUCCACAAAGGAGAUCCUGCUUUCUUGGUGGUGGUCGGGGCUCAGCUUCCAGAGAACCUUGGAAAGGCCUCCGGCUGGGACGGGCUGCUGGCUGAGAGCGGCUUCGUGGUGUCUUUGGUCGAGGAUUUUGCUCCGGAAGAUGCAUUACUUGACCCUCAAGCUUUGACGACAGCACUGAAAGUCGAAGGACCCCCAACUCGAUUUCGUGCUCAGAGUUUCCUCCUGGAAGUUGGGUUCGAUGGGUCAUGCUACUAUGGCUCGCAGAGCACGGGUGCUGAAGAGUCGCGCCCGACUGUGCUCGGUCAGAUCAUGCAAAGUGCCGAGAAGCUUGGCUGGGUUUGCGCGCAGCCGGGUUCGCGAACAAGUCGCAGCCAGUGGGCCUGCCUGAGCCGUGUGGAUGCCGGUGCCAGCGCUCGCAGCUUCCUCCUGACAACACCACCUCUGCUCAAGCCGUUGGCGAACGAGUUGCCAGGUCCAAUCGAGGCAGCUCGUGCACUGUCCUCGGAGCUCCCGACCAGCAUUCGCAUUCAUCGAGCGCUGCUUGCACCUCGGGGCGCACAUCUGCGCCACACCCACAAUGUGACCAGAGAAUACGGGUAUUUCUUUCCACUCCAAUGGAUAAAGGGGGACAUUGAGGGCCUUCGCGAGAUACUCCAGCAUUUUACUGGGAACCAUUGCUUUGCCAACUUCACGGAGUUGAAGAAGUUGGAAGGGCUGAAGAAGAAAAUUCAGCGAAGUCCGCAGCUCCAAUCAUGGGCCCAUAGCCUCCAGAGCUGGAAGCGGUCGAGGCGGGAUGCCAACUACAGUGCUGACGCUGGAGCAAUUUCAUCCUUGCAGGUGCACGGAGCUAUGAGAGCAGCGUGUGAGCGAACAGUUCUCAGGGCACUCGUAAAGAAGAUCCCCGGAACCCGUUUGGCCUGCAUCACCGUACAAGGUGAUGGAUUCCUAUACAACAUGGUGCGAUAUAUUGCCGGCUCUGCUUUGGCCGUUCACUCCGGCAAGCUUGCUGCCGCCACGCUGCAAGCUGCUCUAGCAUCAUUUCUCGCAGUGGAUCUUUCGGAACAUCUGGCACCAGCAACGGGCCUUGUACUCCUGCGCCAGUACACAGAGGAGGCGUGGAUAUCACGGAGAUCGCAGGAGGCCGAAGCAUCUGCAGAAGAUUUCAUGAAGCAGCAGCUGCUGCCGAGGAUUGAGGGGGCAUGGAGGCUGGCACCGAAGGUGCGAAGUGCUGCGGAAAUCCUGGAGAACUGCGCCACUGCAUUAUUCACGCAGGUGCCUGAAGGGCUUCUGCCAACCGUCACCUUUUCAUUGAUGAUAGCAUCGUCCAGGAUGUCCAGGCAGCAAGUCGUCGUCAAGAAGCUUGAUGCGAUCGAGUCUCUCGGAUGUGCGUCCGUCUUCUGCUCCGACAAAACUGGAACGCUGACGACUGGCGAGAUGACGGUGCAACACGUUCUGGUACCCGCCGUAGGCGGAGCUACACUUUUCAGCAUGCAGCAGCUGCAGGCUGAAGUUGUUCGAGGCGACGUGAGGUUGCAGCAGCUUGCAGCCGCUGCACUUACGAACAACAGUGUUCAGGCUUCGUCUGGGACUGGCAAUGCCCAGGUGGUGGGCUCCCCCACUGAAGUCGCCAUUUGUAGAGCAGCUGCAACCAUGCUCGGAAAGCCGCUAAAAGAGGCGGUGACUUUUCCUCCGCGCAAGGAUGUGGUUUUCGACAUUCCGUUCAACUCGGAAAACAAGUGGAUGCUUACGGUGCACAAACUUGGGUCAGAGGACCCUUGCUACGAAGUGAUCGUGAAGGGCGCGCCCGAGAGAGUGUUGGACUUGUGCACGGCCAACGAGCAAAUUUUCAGCAACCUGCGGGACUGGGGGUACUUGCUCUGGCUGGACGGAGACUCAGUGCCCAGGACAUUCCACGCAGCGGAGAGUUCCAAGGUGGUUGCCUGGCAAGUUGCAACUUCCCCUUGCAAGACUGAUCCUCCGCGUCCAGGCGUCCGUGAAGCUGUUGAAAAGGCUCACUCCGCAGGUGUCAAGGUAGUGAUGGUCACAGGGGAUCAUGGGGACACCGCCAAAGCCAUCCCCAAGAGAUUGAACAUCCUCUCUAGCACAGCGAAGCUAUGCCGGGAGAGCGAGCGCUUUCAGGUGGUGCUUGGAUCUGAAUUGGACGAGUUCCUGCCGCUCGACGAUGGGUUCGCCCGUCUUGAGUCAGACAGCAAGGAGUUCUGGCGCGAAGCGGUUGUUCACACGAGGGUGUUUGCCCGUGUCUCGCCUUUGCACAAGCGGAUCAUCGUCCAGGCCUACCAAACCUUUGGCCAACAGGGCUUUGGUGAUGUCGUCGCAAUGACUGGAGACGGCGUCAAUGAUGCGCCAGCUUUGAAGCAAGCCGAGGUGGGGAUUGCCAUGGGGAUCCGGGGGACGUCUGUGGCGCAGGAUGCUGCGGACAUCAUACUGCUCGAUGACAACUUCUCUUCUGCGAUCUCAGGCAUGGAGCAGGGUAGACUUGCGAGUGAGAACUUGCAGAAGUCGAUCAUGUACACGCUGUGUUCCAAAGUGCCACAAGCGUUGCCUGCUUUCUUCGAAGUCUUCGGACUGCCGGAAGUACUUGCCGCAGUGCAGGUCCUGCUCAUCGACAUCGGCACGGACAUUUGGACUGCCGUCGCCUUUGCAGCUCAAGGUCCAGAAACUUCGCUGAUGAACAGAUCGCCACGACAUCCACGACUGGAGCGCAUGAUAAGCUCAAAGAUCCUGUUGUACAGUUACGGCUAUAUCGGGGUGCUGCAGGCUGUAUUCUGCUGGAUGAUGUACUUCCUGGCCACUCCAGGAAUCGGCAACCUCGUACAGGCGCAUGAUGACCUGAAAGACUACACGCAGGAGGAGACAAUCUUGGAGAAGCGCGGUAUGACCGUCUACUACUGGACGCUGGUGCUUGGUCAGGUGGCGGCUGCGCUAGCCUCUACGACCAAGCGGCAGCCACUGUUCGGCUCAGGCGGCUACGGGUUUCCGAACCAAAUCCUCAACAUCACUCUUUGCUGCGAAGUGGUGCUGAGCCUCAUGGUGAUGCACAGCUCCAUGCUGAGGCCAGCUUUCGAGAUGGAGCGUCUCGAUUUCUGGCCUUCGCUGGUGUUGCCCGUCGUCGCGCUGGCUGGCAUCCUCGCCGUGGAGGAGUUGGGGCCUUGGAAGAGCGAUGUGACCUGCAAAUCUCCGCAUGAGCUCUGCAUGGACCUUCUCGAUGCCAACCUGUGCGCGGACAAGUUGAGCGAGAUGAGGUCUAUGACCGCCCGCUGGCGCACGUGUUGGCUGCUGCUGCUCCUGCAUGUAUGCCCCAGCACCGUGCUGGCUUACCCCUGCGAGGCAGAAAUCGCAUCAGCUUGCCCCGACAGUCCGAAAUCAGAGCUGGUAACAUGUCUGAAGGAUGCAAGCCAGCACGAGACACCGACGGAGAUCUCUUCCGAGUGCACGGAUUUUAUGGCACUCAACUCAGCCUGCGCAGACGAGAUAGAGCAGCUUUGUGACGAGGAGUUCUUUGCCGAAGAGACCAUGCCCUGCUUGAUGAGAUACCGUGCUUCCGACGAGGAGAUUUCGGAGAAAUGCCAGUCGGUGAUGCGUUGGGCGCUCCCUGCAGACGAGGAGGAGGCCGAGGCUGUGACCGACGAGUUGGGUAUGUCAGAGAAGGACCGACAGGAAAAGGAGGAGUGGCGGGAGAAACGGAAGAAGGAACGCGAGGCAGCCAUAGAACGGAUGAAGAUGAAGGAGGUUGAUGCAAAGAAGGAAGCAGAGAGAAGAGAGCUGGAAAAAUUCAAGGAAGAGAACCCUGAGGCAUUUGCGGACAUGAAGAGGCAGCAGGCAGAGGAGCAGAGACAACAGGCUGAGCAGAAGAAAAGGGAAAGACUUAUGAAGGCUGCAUGGGAGCGGAAGAAGCGGAUUGAGGCUGGUGAGGACCCAGAUGCAGAAUCAGGGCCCUCCCCUCCGAGCAGGGGCCCGAACAGAAAGCCGAAGGCUUCGAGCUCGUGGUACAGCACGAUCGCCGCCUUGAUAGUUUUGGUCGUCAUUGCCGGAAUAGGUUAUGUUGUAGUCACAGGCACAGGCAAGACCGCUGGAGCUGGCGGGGGCCGUGGCGGAAAGGAAAAGAAAAAGAGAUGA